UCAAAGGGAAUUGCGCGAGAACUGUGUUGAGUUGCUUAGAUGCCACGUCUGAGAAAGAAUAAGCAGCUGAGAAGUGGCACUAUUCUCGGCAACAAUAAUAAUACGUAUAAUAAUCAAUUACUGUAUUUUACGCCAUAGACUGCGAACGGCAGCACGGUUCUACUAAACUGGUGCAAUGAGGGUGUCUGGAAGCCUCCUGGCGGUCGUGUUGCUGUGCGCUGGAACGUUCCUCACACUGACCCCGUCCGCCCUCGCCCACUCUCACUCCCAUGGCGACCACGACCACGGGCACGGUCACCACGGACACGCCCACUCGCACGGGGCCGGCGGUUGCCAUGGCCACGCCCACGAGCCCCAGGCCGUGAGGAUGCACCACGGGGCCAGCAAGUGGAGCGCCGAGGCCAACCUGCCCCCGGUGGAGGACUCGCACGGCCACGCCCACGACCACGCGGACUCCCACGGCCACGCCCACUCCCACGACCACGCUCACGGGGAUUCCCACGGUCACGCCCACUCCCAUGGCGACGCCCACCAAGCCGAGAGGGCGAAGGCGGACGUGGAGGGGGAGAAGAGGGACAUGGUGGAGCUCUGGAUGCAGGCAAUCGGUGCCACUCUGCUCAUCAGCGCCGCCCCCUUCCUGAUCCUGUUCCUCAUCCCGGUCCAGUCCAACACCGACCAGCACCAGAACCUGCUGAAGGUCCUGCUGAGUUUCGCUUCCGGAGGGCUCCUCGGAGACGCCUUCCUGCACCUCAUCCCUCACGCACUGGAGCCCCACUCUCACCAUGGCAAUGAGGAGCACGACCACUCGCCCGCCAGCGCCGAGUCACAUGACCAUGACCAUGACCACGGGCACUCGCACGGUGCUGCCCAUGACCACAUGAUGUCCGUGGGGCUGUGGGUCCUGGCGGGAAUCGUGGCCUUCCUUGUGGUGGAGAAAUUUGUGCGUCUCCUGAAAGGCGGACACUCACACUCACACGGCCACUCCCACGCCCCGUCCAAAGCCAAGGACAGUGACGGCGAGGAUGAAGAUGAGGAGGAGGUGAAGGAGGAGGAGGCGGAAGAAGCAAAGGAGAAGGUGCAGGAGGAAGAGGAGGAGGCAGAGGAAGAGGACGGGGUUAAACAAAGGAAAAAAGAGGAGAAGACACAGGAGAAAGAGGAAGAGAAAGAUGAGGAAAAAAGCACAGACAUCAAGGUGUCGGGGUACCUGAACCUGGCGGCCGACUUCACGCACAACUUCACGGACGGCCUGGCCAUCGGGGCGUCCUUCCUGGUGGGGCCGGCGGUGGGCGCUGUCACCACCCUCACCAUCCUGCUGCACGAGGUGCCCCACGAGAUCGGAGACUUCGCCAUCCUCAUCCAGUCCGGCUGCACCAAGAAGAAGGCCAUGAGUCUGCAGCUCCUGACAGCCCUCGGGGCACUGGCUGGCACAGCCUGCUCCCUAUUGGCCGAAGGGGUGGGGGCGGCGGCCACAGCCUGGAUCCUCCCCUUCACGGCGGGGGGCUUCGUGUACAUCGCCACGGUGACGGUGCUCCCGGAGCUGCUGGUUGGCCGGUCCACCCUCGGCCAAUCACUGAUGGAGAUCCUGGCCUUGCUCUUUGGGGUGGGCAUGAUGGUGCUUAUCGCAGAGUACGAGUGAAAACAAGCGAGACGGAGAGCGGAGAGGGGGAUGGAGGAGAGAGAGAGGUACAGGGGCGUGGGGAAUGAAGGUGGGAGAGAGAGAGGAGGUUCAGGUGGAUGAGCACAGGGCAGGUUUAAAUGUAAUGUAGUAAAAUAACAUCCCCUUUUCACCAACAGGGUUGAGAUACAGGAAAGAAGCAUCAGUUGUUUGUAAAUCGGAUGGAAAGUCCCAGCGAGGACUGCGUUGUGUCAAGUUUAUAUAUACACAUACACAGUGAAAAGAAGAAAAAUGUGAUUGUCAUUUUCAAAGGGUCAAGGUUCAUUGAGAGGAGUCCGCUAGGUCGUCAGGCUGAGCCAGGGAAGGGACGUGAGAGGCAGCUUGGGAUUUGUAGUCCUACAGAAAUCUGCGGCGAUAACCUUUUUUUUUUCUUAUAGUGGCAAGAAGGAAAUUGAAAACUUGUGUGGUUCAUUUUCCAUUUUCCAAUAUUCCCAUACAAGGUGAAGAGGGAAUCAGACCAGAUAUCCUGAAAAAUCUGUCAAAUAUUUCCAAACACAUGUAGCUAUUAUUUCUUGUUAUGUAUUUAGAAAUAUUCCAAGUAGACUCUCAACCUACUUUAAUUUUAGUGAUAUUCCAGACUGCAAACAAACUGGCUUUCCUUGGGAUAGGGGUGCUUGUCUAAUAAAGCUAGAUGGCAUGUGGUUUCCACUUAGUGAGAUCAGCAACUUCCAAGGACCGCCUUUCAACAUAGUCUUAGUGAAAUACUUUUAUGCGCUUGUUUUCCAUUGUUUGGAAGUUGAUGUCAUCAAGUGGGGAACAACAUUUUAUCUCGACUCACUGCUUUUUAAACUUCAAACUUGGGAAAUUGCAUAUUACUGACAGUUUGUCAAUGGGGUGGUGGGGAAAAAAAUAAAAAAAUAAAAAAAUCUUGCUUGCCACACAGUAGAUGUACUUGAACAGGACCAUUUUUUAUGGAAUGGAAUGGCACUGCUUUUGUGUGGCAGAGACUUUUUUUGGGCUUAGAUAUGCUACUUGUAUGCAACUCGCUCCCGCAGUUUGCACUGAUGUCAAGCAGCAUGUCAGGAAUGUAAAAAAAAAAAGAGAAAAAAAAAAAAAAAGAUGAAGUUAUUCUUCAGCAAUGUGGGUCAUGCUGCAGUUAUUGAUCCGGCCACUAGGGGGUGCUAUAAGCACCUUUUAGGCUUCUUGUUAAACGCUGGACUCAUUGUGACCUCUGUGUUCUAUAUUACCGUGUGCAGAGUCGUUAUUUCUAUUGGACCAAGAGCUUCUGACAGGAAUUGAAAACAAAGGAGGGAAUUUGUCUUUUUUUUUCUUUUUCUUUUUUUUCUGAGUUUUUUUACUUUUUUUUCUUUUACAUAGCUGAUAAAAAUCACAUUUGAUCAAAAACCUAAUUGAAAGGGAGAGACGUGUGUGGUGAGUAUGUUUGUUUGAUGACACUUAAUUGUCUCUCAAAAGCCCAAGUAAUUUCAUAUCCACAAAUAUUUAUUUAAUGUUCCCUGGGGAUGUACCAAAGACCAAAGCGCACGUGGACCCAGUGUAUCAUGUACAAAGGCCCAACUGACCAGGCCGGUGUAAUUCAGACAAUCGCCACUGUAACUAUUGUAGUAAAAAUCAGGAGCUUUCUCAGCCACACUAGCCCUCUGCGCAGGAAGAGUAGCACAUCCCUGCAUCUCGCACACGUGCCGAUUACAGCCCAGAAUGAGACCGAGGAGGGAGGGAGAGGGGGCUGAUGGGAGGGAAAGAGGGUUUGUUACCUUUAGUUUUUUUUUUUUUCUGUUCUGUUUCGUUAUGUUCUUUUUUUUUUUUAAUUGAAAGUGAAAAUAAAAUUGGAAUUUUAAUUUCU